AGCGAACUCAGUCUGGUUCUGGAUGCAGCCGAGAUUAGAUCGUUUGAUCGAUCGCAGUUUACCUUACCGGUUAUAAUCUUUCCAUACGCGAAGACGAGCUGAAAACAAAAAAAAACGAUGAAGACAUUCGGUGUGAUCAUCUUGCUGGUUUGUUGUGCCAUUGGUGGCUCCUUGGCUGCCGAAGCUGUGCUUCAAAAUGCUGAACAUCCAGAUUACCCUGGAAAGUGUUACGACGAGGGUACCCAAACAGUUGUUGCUCCCCUGGAGUCGGCGAAACUGCCCAAGAGUUGCACCAAAGUGUUUUGCUCUACAAAUCUCUCGCUGACCUACACAACUUGCGGUUCCGUGCUCGUGAACGAUCCCCAUUGCGAGAAGAUCGAGCAAGAUCUUACCAAGGAUUUUCCCGAGUGUUGCCACAAAUACAAGUGUGAACUGGAGGGUGUUGUUACUUAUCAUUAGAUCAGAUUUUAUUGUUGCUUGUCUGCAUUAUGACUCAUCGUGAUCCUAAUAAAAAUGUAUAUUGAGAAGUAAAAA